AUGCAGAGCACCGGCGGCCGCUCCACCGCCUCGGUGCUGGCCGAGCUCCAGUGGGACGAUGGCUACGCCGUGCCCAUGGCCGACGCGGAGAACAGGGCGUUGGAGGACGACCUACAGAAGAUGGAGAGAGAAAAAACGAACCUGCAAAAUCAGCUGACUGACUUUGAAGAGCGUGUGGAAGCGAUGACAUCUCACUUGAAGAACGUGAGGCAGGAGUUCAGCUUCACCCAGUCUCUUUACAAAGCCAGAGAGAAUGAAAUUGAAACUGAACAACACUUUAAAGCCCUUGCUGAAAGAGAACAUGGACGUCUUAAAAGUGAGAUCAAACGUCUGGAAGAUGAGACCGUUUCCUUAAGAGAAAAGAAAAACAGUCAAGAAAACACUAUAAAUAAAACCACGAAGAAGUUGGAAAGCUUAAAACAACAGAUGAACUGCGAUGAGGAAGUUUUGGAGAGUUGGAUAAAGGAAUCAAAUCGCAAAGAUAAUGAUAUUAUCACAAUCCAGAAAUAUGCACAACAAGACGAAGGGAAACUAGGAGCACUAAUCCUUCAGGUAGAAAAGUUGACCAUGCAAGCAAAUCAGAAACGCAGAGCUCUUGAUAAUGAGCUUACAGAAACCAUAACUGCUCAGAUGGAGCUCGACAAGACAGCUGAAGAUUUUCGCAGAGUUCACCAUGAAAGGCAAGAAGUCAUCAGGCAGUGGGAGAACGCAAUACAGCAGAUGCAAAAAAGAGAUCAACAGAUCGAUCACUGUGCUUUGCUACUAGCAGAGUUAAAACAGGAGAUGCGAAAGAAAGAAAGUGUGCUGAAAGAGAAGGCUUCCUUUUUAGUGAAUGAAACUAUUAAUAAUAUGGAAUAUGAAAAACGAAUUUCUGUUGCUGAGCGAGAAGCAACCAGUCUCCGGAGAGAGUAUCAAACUCAGGAUGCUUACAGAGUUCAGCUGGAGAACGAGCUGGACAUUUUGAAAUCCACUGUGAACAGAACUGCUUCUCAUCUGGAGUCUUUAAGAAUACAGGUAACUAAUAUGAAGAAAGAAAUUGAGAAAAAAAAAGCCAGACUGAGCUAUCUUAAAGAAAGAAAUGCAGGUCUUUCCAACAAGUUGAAGCUUGUAACUGAGAAGACGCUCAGUUCAGAAGACAAUGCUUUGAGAAUGGAAGAAAUGCUAAAGGAAGAAGAGAAAACAUUCAAGGAAAAAGAAGCAGAACUGGACCACCUAAAAGAAGUAUUUUUCAAGAAAACUCAGGAGCUAAAGGUGCAGAUGGAUAAGGAGAAAUGUGUUCUGGCAGAAGUUGAGGGAAGUCGAGCAUCACUUAAAAAUCUUAACAGCCGUCUGCGCAGACUUGAUGCAGAUGCAUUAAAACAACAGGAAUUGAUAUAUAACCAGGAUUUUUAUAUUCAGCAAGUACAGAGACGUCUGUCACGGUUAGAAGGGGAGGUUAAUGCAGAUGAAAAACAAGUUUUGGAAGAAAAAGUUGCUGAACUUAAGAAAGCCUUGGAAGAAAAGAAAAGUGCAUAUGAUGUUUUAAAUGCACAGCACAAGAAACUUCAGAGUGAUGUCCAUUUCAUCAAAAGAGCAAUGGAUAAGACAGGAGAAGAAGCAAGUGGUCUGAUGAUCAAGAUAAACGAACUAAAUCUUUUCAAUGAGAAAUCAGAUCAAGAGUUAAAAAAAGCUAAAGCCAUUAAGCAGGAGAUGAUGAUUGAAGAUAAUCUCCUAAAACUGGAAUUGAAGCGUCUUCAAGAUACACUCUGUAAUAAGACAGAGAAGGUUUUAACACUGGAAAAGCAGAAGUUGGAGUUAAAGAAAGCCAUAGCAGAAAGGACUGAGGAAAUUAAGAUCCACAAGGCAAUGCUGGAUUCCCAGAUCAGACUCGUGGAUCAGGAACGGCAGCGCAUAAGUGCUGAAUUUCAAGAUCGCCUAAAUAAAAUUGAUAAACUGAGAUGCAGAUAUGAAAUUCUUACUGUUAUCAUGAUGCCACCUGAAGGAGAAGAGGAGAAAACUCAGGCCUACUAUGUAAUAAAGGCUGCACAGGAAAAGGAAGCACUUAAGCGUGAAGGUGAUGAUUUAGAUUCAAAGAUCAGUAAAGCUGAAAAUGAAAUUGUUGCUCUUGAAAACACCCUGCAAAUACUUAAUAACUGCAACAGCAAUUACCGAAACUCUUUCAAGGAAGUCACUGAGACAAGUGAGGAGUAUGAGGAAAAACUGAAACUAGAAGAAGAGAAAAGGGUUGCUGAUGAAAAAUACAGAUACAAACGAAGACAAGUCCGGGAACUUCAGGAAUAUCUGAAGAGCAUGGAAAAAAACUUGGAUUCACUACUGAAGCAGGAGGCCAUCUUUCAAGAGCAAAAUAAGGAAAAACAAACUGUUAUAUUGCAGCUGAACAAAGACAUAGAAGAACAGAAACCAAAGCUAGAAAGGGUUAUCAAACAGUGUUCCAGACUCUCCAGAGAGAUUCAGUCCCUAAGGAAAACUAAAACAGAAACACAGGAAGAGAAAGACAUUGAUCUCCGUGCUCUGAAGAACUUCAGCAAAACCAUCAACAAAUUGCUAGCCGAUGUUCUAAAUGCAAAUCCUGAUUUAACUACAUCCUUUCAGAAGUACUUUCACCAGUUCAAUCUAGAGCUGCCAACAGUUGUUUCUGUUGAAGGUAGUCAAAGUUCUCGAUCGCCAUCCACACAAAGCUCACUGUCUUCUAGCAGGUCCUCCAGAAGCACAAAUUCAGCCUCUAGUCAGACUUCGUUGCUCAAAGUCAUAGACUUGAACUUAUCUGUCAACAUUCCUGCAGAAGCAGCUGCUGCCAGUUCACCACCAUCCAGCAGAACUAGCAACUCUGACAGUUCAAAUCACUACUCUUAAAUAAUCUUUUGAAGGCCACGAUGAAGGCUUCUAAAUUGUUUAAGCUGAAACUUAAUUUAUGCAGGUCUGCUGGCAAUUAGACCACUAUAACUUUAAAAUAAAACUUAAAG